CCACUCGUCAACAUUUAGCUCCUUAUGCGCCACGGAGCCUCCGCGGGAGCGGGGCGGAGGCGCGGGGGCUGCGGGGCCCGGCCGCCCCCCGGGCAGGAGCCGCGCCGGCCCCGGGAGCCGCCCGCCGGCCGCGCCGCCGCUUCCCCGCCCGCGGUACCCCCCGCCGUUGGCUUGGAAACGGGCUGGCAGCCUCCGACUCCUCCUCCAGAGCCAGCCCCGCGCUCCCCCUGCCCCGGCUUCCCGGCGAGAUCGCUCAGCACCUCCCUGUCUCCCGCGGGGGGACACCGGACAAGCGUGUUGCCAUCAUCGCCUUUAAAAAAUCCCGGUUUUUUAAAUUAUAUGUUCUAGGGAGAAAAUGGGAAAGGGCAGGUUUCUUUUCCUGCUUGGGCUGUGGGGCUAGUGUCUGCAGUCGUGGUGUGUCUGCUCGCUGCAAAUCAUAGAUGCUGAUGUGAAAAAGGGCCAAAGCAGAGAGGAGGAUCAUCAGUGGAUGCGAGCGUUGUACGGAUGGAUUGAGGAGGUGGAGGCUGCCUGCCUGGAGCCGAAGAGAAUCCAAGAGUGGUGAUUAAGAAGUCCAAAUUUCAACUACCAUAUUGAUGAAAGAAUAAUCGCAAAAGGGAAAAACUAGACUGAUCCGAAACAACCAAAACUGAUUCUCUUCUCAAAGUCACCUGGCAAUUCAAGAGGUGGGAAGACACCUUAUUGGGCAAUUGCCUAGAGUUGAGAGGUGGAAAGCACAGAUUUACAGAGCUGAACUGGAUCAGCUGAAGAAGUGGAGGAAGAGAAACAAAACAAGUACAGCACCACUGAAAAGAGCUUCAGCUGUAUCUGCAGCAUCACUGCAGCAACCAGAAAAUACAAUUAAAAGACAAAGGCUACAGCAGAGAAGGUGAAAGUGCAGCUCCUUACCUUUGGACAGAAGGCAGCAAAAUAAUUAUGCAGAACAGAAAAGAGUAUUUGAUGGAUCUAGCGAAACUGUGGCAGAGGGAAGUGUCCCUUCAUUAACAGGAAUGUGCCACUGUUUAUACACUGGAAAGGGGAGUGCCAUGAGAUCUACUGAAGAGACUAUUUCUGUGGUUGCAUAUUUACAUGUGUUUGCACCUCUGCUGGGACUGAAUUAGGUGGUACAGGCAUCUUGGAUCAUCAGGUAUUGGAUAGUGACUUUUGUUUCGUUCAAGGUGUACCUGGCACGAGAACUGAAAGACACCACAGAUCUUUUUCAGAGACACAAAGAGAGUGAGACAAUCUCCAACCUUUCCUUUCUGUAACUGCCUGCUAUACCAUGGGAUGUCGGCAAAGCUCUGAGGAGAAAGAGGCAGCGCGGCGGUCCCGUAGGAUUGACCGCCACCUGCGCUCUGAAAGUCAGCGACAACGAAGAGAGAUUAAGCUCCUUCUCCUGGGUACCAGCAAUUCUGGGAAGAGUACUAUUGUAAAGCAGAUGAAAAUCAUUCAUAGUGGUGGCUUUAACUUGGAGGCCUGUAAGGAAUACAAACCUCUGAUUAUCUAUAAUGCAAUUGACUCCCUCACACGUAUCAUUCGGGCUCUAGCCACCCUUAAGAUAGAAUUUCACAAUCCUGACAGAGCAUAUGAUGCUGUACAGCUUUUUGCCCUGACAGGCCCAGCUGAGAGCAAAGGUGAGAUUACCCCUGAGCUUCUGGGAGUCAUGAAACGGCUCUGGGCAGACCCAGGUGUGCAGGAGUGUUUUUGCCGCUCCAAUGAGUACCACCUAGAGGAUAAUGCUGCAUACUACUUAAAUGACCUAGAAAGGAUUGCAGCACUGGACUACAUCCCUACAGUGGAAGAUAUUCUGCGUUCUCGGGACAUGACCACAGGGAUUGUAGAAAAUAAGUUCACCUUCAAAGAGCUGACUUUCAAAAUGGUGGAUGUGGGUGGACAGAGAUCUGAACGCAAAAAAUGGAUCCACUGUUUCGAGGGGGUUACAGCAAUAAUUUUCUGUGUGGAGCUGAGUGGAUAUGACUUGAAGCUGUAUGAAGAUAACCAAACAAGUCGAAUGGCAGAAAGUUUGCGUCUCUUUGAUUCCAUCUGCAACAACAAUUGGUUUAUCAACACUUCCCUCAUCCUUUUUUUGAAUAAAAAAGAUCUGCUGGCAGAAAAAAUCCGACGCAUCCCCUUAACAGUCUGCUUUGCUGAAUACAAAGGCCAAAACACUUAUGAGGAGGCAGCAGUCUACAUCCAGCGCCAGUUUGAGGACUUGAAUCGCAACAAGGAGACCAAGGAAAUCUACUCACACUUCACCUGCGCCACUGAUACCAGUAACAUCCAAUUUGUCUUUGAUGCAGUGACAGAUGUCAUCAUUCAGAACAAUCUCAAAUAUAUUGGCCUCUGCUAAGAAUCCUUGGGCUUAAUCUGUUUUCCUGAAGUGAUAAAAAAGGGGCUAACCACUUCCACUUCUAGUGGAAAAAAAUGGGGCGAUGCUUAGUAACCCAAGGAGAGAAAAGGGGAAACUUGAUGUAUGUACACAGUUCCUCUUAUGCCCCCUUAACCCACUAGAUCAUUUUUCACAAAUAUAUGUUCUGGAGAGUCAAAACCUCCUCUCCCAAAAAACCCACACACACCCCCUCAGUGAAAAAACCCCAACAACUUGAAAACCCCAAACAAAAACAAAAAAAGAGAUUGAGGCCUAACUCUGUGGAGAUGUUUUCACCACAGUCACUGCACUUUUAUUCCAUUUGUUUUGUUCCAUUUCCUACAGUGGGAGUGUUAUCAUGUUCUAUGUAAGAAAUAAUUCUUCAUCCAGUGUCCUAAAAUGUUAUUGACAUGAAGAUAUAAAGCUGGUGAGUGACAGAUGAACUCGUUUGCAAGGUGUAGAGCAGAAUGGUCAUGUUGGGGAGAAAAGCUAGUUCAAACCAGAAGCUACAGAAUAGGAGAAUUUAAGCAAAAUACACUUAAAGUUGUAAAGAAUGGGCAUGCACCCACAAUAUUGGUACACACAGCCAAACAGUAUAUAUACAUACAUCAUGUAUGCACAUGACUCACAGCAUAUACUAUGUACACACUUCUGCUUUACUUUACUGUUUAUCAUGGACACCUUGCCUGUUAAAGGAAUUGUUGGUGCGCAACUGUUCUGUGAUUUCCAAACUGACUAGCAGCUCUUUCUGCUCUUUAAGGCUUCAAAUAUGCAGCAAAACUACGUGAAACGAAUCUAUGAAUAGGCCAAAUUAAGGUCAGUGUUUCUUCUACUGGUAAGGAGUUUUAUACAUCGAAACAGUCUUCUUUUACAUCUUUUUUUGCCAAAUCUUGUGGUGUUUCACAAAAAACAAACUAUAUUUAAGAAGUAGGUUAGUGUUCCUUUUUUAAGACAGAUAAAAAAAUAAAUCACAAGGCAAUUUUUUAAAUUAUUGUUGUAGUGUCUGGAUUGCUGAAUGUGAAAGUUGCCAACGGACAAUUCUGUUCCACUGCUCCAAAUACAUUCUGGGAAUUGUAAUAUUGUAACAGAUUUCCCAAGAAGCAGGAGCCAUGGAGAUUGUGUAGUAUAUAGCCUCCAAAGUAUUUUUUGUUGUUUUUUCAUUAUUUUAAAAAUGUGAUGUAUUAUUAGAAGGUUAAAGAUGAGCGAUAUGAACAAUAACUAAAUGUCUUGAUAUUUCAAUUUAAUGAUUUAAAUUAUUUACAGUUUAGUGAAGUUAAGGAAACUGAAGAGAUGCAUUCCUCAGCUCCAGGUUUCAUCUCAUAAAGAAACACUACUGGGUGGAGUAACAUUCCGGCAAAAGUUUGAAAGCAUAAGAAGCUCUGUGGGACUAUACUGGAAAAUCUCAAAUGGAUCAUAUAGACCUAAGUCUUUGGUCAGUUGAUUCUUACCCCUGCCAUAGAAAAGACUUCUUAAAGACUUCAGUGUAAAGUUGGUGUGUAAAUAUAUGUUUGAUAAUUGUAAAGCACAUACGUACACAGAGACACAGACACACAUGCACACUGGAAAAUAACCUUCUACUUUUGUUGCCCCUAUGUACUACAAUUAGUGCAAGAAAUCUCAGCCAAGGGCUCUAAUAAAUUUAAAACAAAAUGGUUAAUAACAUCAACAUUUAAAUUGUCCACUUAAAAAAAUAAAUAAUUUAAAUGAUA